AACUACUAUGAAUCCUUUAUAAUAACUUUACUUUUAGGCAAUAAUGAAACAAUAAGAAUUAGAAAAAGUGAAAUAAGAGGAUCAGGUCCAAAGAUAAAAUCAAGAAGUAAAUUAAAUUAAUAUAAUGUUAAGAUUAUAAAAAAGUAACAGUUGCUCUCCCUUGUAUUACAACCGACUUCGAAUAUUAGUGAGAAGUAUAAAGUUUUAAAUUCAAUAUUAGAUAAACAUGGCCAUUGAUUGAGAUUUAAAACAGAAUUACAUAAUAUUUUUAAUAAUAAGUGUUGAGAGGAGAAGUAGUGAUCAUAAAAAAUAAAUUUGGGAAUAAUUUACCUAGUUUUCUAAAUGUCUUAGGGAAUUUAAUUAUUAAUGGUUUGGAUUAAUUAAAAGGAGAGGAAACUUAAAUAGGAAUUCUAAAAUCCUAAUUCAUAAAUUAACCAAUGAAUAUAACUAUGAGUAAUUCAUUGUUUAAAACACUCUCUCUAUUAUUGAGAUCUUCUUUAGUAGAGUUUGAAAGAGGUACUUCCAUCAUUAAAAUAUUAGAUUAACUAUCAGAUAGUAGAUAAAUAAAUUUGAAAUAUUUUUCUUAAUUUUUACUAUUUAGAGAUGACUUUUGUGAUAUAUUUUUUGAUUCACUGUAUUAAUACUAGAUAUCUUAACAUAAAUAGGUGAGUCAAUAGUUAAGUUUCUAUCAAUUGCAUUAAUUAAUAAUAAAAGAAACCGAAGAUGUUUGGAGUACAUUCAUAUAUAAAUUAAUGAGUUAACAGUAAAAACAAUUAACUAAAGAAUAAUUUUUAUUGUAAUUUAACAAUUAUACAAUUUUGAUGAAUAACUUUUUCAAGAAAUCAAAUUUAAUUUUUGAUAUAGUUGAAAAUACUGUUAAGUAAACAGCUUAAUUACAUAGUGAUUAAAUAUUUUAAGAGGUAUAAUUUAUAUUGAAUUUAGUAUCUUUUAAUUAUGGGUAGUUUCAAAGCAACAACUUAAGACUUUUUGAAAAAAGCAAUCACAAUAUUUUUUAAUGAUACAAAUGUAGUAAUAGAUUUGUAGGAAUUUAUAAAAAGAACCAAAUAGAUACAUAAUUAAAUGAAUAGUUCAAUUUUAUACAUAUUACCUAUGUUAAUUUAAUUAGAGAGUCAUAUGAUAGAUAUUACUAAAUUUAAUGAAAAAUAGGAAACCUAAAUAAUUAAAAAUAGUUCCAAUUACUAUUUGAGAAUGAUAGAGAAAUUAAAGAAUAAAUGUGUAUAUAAUGGAGAAUAGAAUUGUUCAUGCAAGAAAUGCUAAUGUGUACGUAGAAAUAGAAAUUCUGCAAAUGAAUCUUAAAGAAAAAAGAGAGAAGCACUUGAAAAGAUUGGUCCAUUGUAAGAUGCAUUUGAAGAAAUAUAAAAGAAAGUUAGAAAAGUAGAAAACGAGAAUGAAAAUCUUAGAUAACUACUGACAUAGAUAUUUUAGGAUCCCUAAGUAUCGAAACUAGCUUCAAGUUUCAUAGAACCACUAACAAAAAUAAUAUCAGAUACAGAUCCUGGAAUUGAAUCAUAUGAAUGUUGA